CAAUAAGUCCACAGCCACGUGUCUUUCCUACUUGGAUAUUGCAAAUUCAUUAAUAUACACAAACUCUCAUACAACAUAGAUUUAACCAAACUUAGAAUCAGUCAGAACCAAAAUCAAAUCUUGAUCUUCUCUCUUUUGAGGAAAAAAGAAGAAGCUGAGGUCUAAUGGGUAAAGGAGGAAAAAGUAAUGAGGUUGAAGAAAACAUGGCUGCUUGGCUUCUUGGUGUUAACACUCUCAAGAUUCAACCUUUCAAUCUCCCUCCUUUGGGACCACAUGAUGUUAGAGUUAGGAUGAAAGCUGUUGGUAUUUGUGGAAGUGAUGUUCACUACCUCAAGACCUUGAGAUGUGCUGAUUUUGUGGUUAAAGAACCAAUGGUGAUCGGGCACGAAUGUGCUGGGAUCAUAGAGGAAGUUGGUAGUGAAGUCAAGACAUUGGUUCGUGGGGAUCGUGUGGCACUAGAGCCCGGAAUUAGUUGCUGGAGAUGUGAUCUUUGCAAAGAAGGUCGAUAUAAUCUGUGCCCUGAAAUGAAGUUCUUUGCCACUCCUCCUGUUCAUGGCUCUCUCGCGAAUCAGGUAGUCCAUCCUGCAGAUCUAUGUUUCAAGCUCCCGGAUAAUGUAAGUUUGGAGGAAGGAGCAAUGUGUGAGCCACUUAGUGUUGGUGUCCAUGCUUGUCGGCGUGCAAAUGUUGGUCCUGAGACAAACAUAUUAGUGCUGGGAGCUGGACCAAUUGGGCUUGUCACACUGCUCGCAGCUCGUGCUUUUGGUGCCCCAAGAAUUGUUAUUGUCGACGUGGAUGACUAUCGUCUUUCUGUUGCAAAGAAGUUAGGAGCAGAUGACAUUGUCAAGGUCUCAACUAAUAUUCAGGAUGUAGCUGCAGAAAUAGAAAACAUUCAGAAAGCUAUGGGAGCUGGGAUCGACGUGAGUUUUGAUUGUGCUGGCUUUAACAAAACCAUGUCAACCGCUCUUGGUGCAACUCGUCCAGGCGGCAAAGUUUGCUUAGUAGGAAUGGGACAUCAUGAGAUGACUGUUCCUCUUACUCCAGCUGCUGCAAGGGAGGUUGAUGUCAUAGGCAUAUUCCGCUACAAGAAUACAUGGCCUCUGUGUCUCGAGUUCUUAAGAAGUGGAAAAAUCGACGUGAAACCUUUGAUCACACACAGGUUUGGAUUCUCUCAAAAGGAAGUUGAAGAAGCUUUUGAAACUAGUGCUGGUGGUGGUGAUGCUAUUAAAGUCAUGUUUAAUCUGUAAAAAAAAAAAAUUUACCAAAUAUUCCUGAAACUAUAUAUCCAAAAAGAUGUUUUAUGCCAUGUUCUUUGUGUCUGUUUGAGUCUUUGUUACAACUAUGCAUUACUUGAAAAUAUUGAGAAUGGUCAAAUAAAGGCAGUUGGCUAUUUGGCUUGAGGUGUUA